UAAAAGGUCAGCCUGUGUAACGUGUCAGCAGGCUGUCACCACACCGGUGUCACUCACUUCACCCGUCGGCUGUUGCUGUUUCACACAUCGGUACCUUAGCUGACCUCAAAGUUAUCUUUGUAAAAUGGCUAAAAAGCGGAGAGAAAGACGAGAAAACGACGGUGUGUCCUCUGAACAUGAGGAUGUGAAGGCGGAGGACACACAAGAAUUAAAAGAGGCUCAACCUACUGAAGGGGGUUCAGCACGCAUGUCUCUCCUAAUUCUGGUGUCGAUCUUCACUUUCGCUGCCUCAGUCAUGUACCUGGUGUACAGGAACUUCCCAGAGCUUCCUGAUGAUGAGAUGGAGAAACUCAAGAUCCCUAAAGACAUGGAAGAUGCUAAAGCUUUGGGAACUGUGCUGUCCAAAUACAAAGACACAUAUUACUCCCAAGUGUUGGUGGCCUACUUCGCAACAUAUAUUUUCCUUCAGACGUUUGCAAUCCCUGGAUCUAUCUUCCUCAGCAUCCUGUCUGGAUAUCUUUACCCUUUCCCCUUGGCUCUUUUCUUAGUCUGCUUGUGCUCUGGCCUUGGUGCUUCCUUUUGCUAUUCGCUAUCAUAUCUGGUGGGCAGACCCAUUGUCUACAAAUAUCUCACAGAGAGAGCACGGAAAUGGUCCCAGCAGGUUGAAAAACAUAGAGAUCAUUUAAUCAAUUACAUCAUCUUCCUGAGGAUAACUCCCUUUCUUCCCAACUGGUUCAUCAACAUCACCUCACCUGUCAUCAACGUGCCUUUGGGGGUUUUCUUCAUUGGUACCUUUCUCGGAGUUGCACCGCCAUCCUUUGUAGCGAUCAACGCGGGUACAACACUGUACAAGCUGACCACAGCUGGCGAGGCCGUGUCCUGGAACUCCCUGGCUGUGCUCGGUGUCCUCGCCGUGCUCUCGAUCUUGCCCGUCUGCUUCCAGAAAAAGCUGCAGAAGAAACUAGAGUAGAACAUUAAACACCUCAGCACCUCAUCUGCUGGCUGAUCCCGGCAUCCCCUUGCCCUCGGCUCAGGAACGUGCAGCUGUCACUCAAGUUGCUCUGCCUCAGUCUCAUACUCGGCUGCUGGCGGUAGAAUCUCUGAUCACUGGCACAAUAAGCACUCCUUGACCACGAAAUGCAUGCAGUGGUGGGUUGUUCCUGAUGUUAAGUGUAAAGUGGCUGCUGCUUGCACAAGUUUUUUGGUUUCUGUGAAUUUUGUUGAUUGUGGCACAUCUUGUAAAUUUGAUUUUUUUUUUCUUCCAUUUUUUUUAAGGCACUGCUCAUUAUUUUAUGAUUCUUACCAGACAAUGAAAGGUGCUACGUAUAGGAUGCUGAAGUAAAACUCAUCAUUCUGAUACUUUUUCAUGGUGAAAGUGUUUCUUUUGUCUUGUUAGAAACUGCUAAAAACAAUGUCAUCAACACCUUGUUGAGGCUGUUGCAAGCAUUUUCUUUUAAUUACCAGAAAAACUUUUACUAUUGCAUUUGCUUUGACAGUAGCAUAUCAAUCUCUACAUCCUGUUUGUAGCACCUUUUUAACUUCCACUCCCUUUUUUAAUAUUUAUGUUAACAUGCUUGUGUCUAAUUUCAACCUAAUGAAGUGUACCACCACAGCAAUAACGGUCACACUACUGUUGAAAGUGGAUUUUAGUUUUGAUAACUGGUGCUUGCCCCGGUAAACAUAUGCAGUGUGAGGAAAGAAUGAAAGUGUGAUGACUGAUCUUAGUAGGUGCUACUGUUGUUGACAUGUGGGCGAGUUUCUUGUUCUUCUUUGAAAGGUGCCUGGAGCCACACACAUUUCCACCCACUUUUGUUCAUAUUAGCCACUGUAACUUUUAAAGAACAGACUAAUCUGAUGUAAUAUUAAGUCACAGGACAUCCAUAUUGCAAGAUGCCCAACUACAAACAUUUCCCAAUUUAAAUUUGUAAUUAAGAAAUGAACAUUGAUUAUGCCAACACAACUGAUUUAUGUAUGCAACCCAGAAAAGUUAAAAAACCAAACAAUCAUCUUGGUUUGUAAAUUCAAAAGAUCCAAGGUGAGAAGAGUUCCAAAAUGUUGCAUAUGCGUCUCCGCCCCACGAAAUUGUUUGCUAUGCCAUCAGAAAUGGAAAUGUUGUCCGUACCAUGGAUGAUACUUCAGUGCCCUCAAAAAGACUGCCAGCAGACUGAGUUAACGAAGCCUUACCUUGCUUUUUACGUCACCGGGUGAAAUGUAUUAUGAUGCCUGAUCUGUGUUUUUAGUGUUCUCUAAAUUGUUUUGAAUGGCUAAUGUGUCCUGUGCUCUUAAGGCUUACUGAAUUUCUUCAUUUAGAUUUUUUUUUUUUUGUGCCCGUGUACCAAGGUAACUUAUUACUACUGUUUAAAAACGCUCUGGACGGUUACUAGAGACAUUGAUGCAGUGAAUGUACAUGAAGGUAACUUAUUCCAACACAUUUUUCUUUAAUCUCCUGUAAUAUCACAUUUAUAGAGGCGGUUGGUUUGGUGCGUUUAAGAUUUCCUGUUUUUACUUUAUUAUUCAGCAGAUUUAUUGUGUACUGCUGUAGGAUUAUUAACCUCUCAAACCCAGAUACAUAAACCUCAAUUUAUGGGAAGCUUAAAUGGUUCUACUUUAUGAGGAUACUUAUGUUUUAGCAUAUUCUGCUUUCAUACUUUUUGGAGCAGGAUGUUGAUUUUUAUGGUUCUUACUGUUUUAUGAGAGCAGCAUUGUACAACUGGUGUACAUUGUUUUGGAAAAUGCAUCUUUAAAAGCAAGUGAGAAAUGCUAUAAAUUGCUCCUAAAAAUUGUUUUUGUCCUAAUAUUUAAAUAAAGCUUUAUUAAUUUGGAAGUUCUCCAUAAUGCCAAAUUUGCCAAGACAUGACAGAUGAUACAUUUGAAUUGAUUUUAUUUCUCUAUUUGCUACAAUAUUAAAAUCUAAACGUACUCAAACUGGAUAUAUUAUUGCUGUUUUAUUUUGUUCCCUUACCCUAUCAAAGAUAUAGUGAUAUAGUAACUGUUAACAUUUCAAAAAGCACUAUAAUUUUAUACUGAACAGUAAUGUAUUGCAGUACGAAGUGUUUACAGUUUGCACAUUUCUGUCCUAUCUAAUCAAAUUUAGGUUUUCUUUUUUAUAUUUAUUGAAUCAUUAAAAUUAUCUUUACAGAA